UAUAGUUGUCCACUUCCUAUUCAGUGUGCUGUAUUGAGGUUUUGGAAAAUGUGGCAACGCAUUUUAUGUGUCAGUGUUGCGAUAAGUUGCGCAAUCGCUUUGGACAAUGAAGUCGAGAAGCUGUUUCGGGAUAUGGAAGUAGUGCCUGAUAUACUGGAUGAGCCACCCAAGGAGAUGUUGAAGAUCGAAUACAAUGACGGUUUAGUCGUUGGCAACGGCGAGGAGUUCACACCCACGCAAACCAAAGACGAACCAAAGUUAUAUUGGACAUCCGAGCCGGAAUCGUACUACACAGUCAUCAUGGUUAAUCCGGAUAUACCAACGCGUCAAAAUCCGCUGUUGCGUGAAUGGCUGCAUUGGUUGGUUGUCAAUGUGCCGGGCGCCGAUAUCGCUAAAGGUGACAUUAUAGAUCCGUAUAUUGGACCGAUGGCACCCAAAAUGAGUGGCGUACUACGUUAUGUGUUCCUUAUUUACAAACAACCUGGUAAACAAAUGUUCGAUGAGGCUAUAAUGACCAACACCGAUGUCACCGGGCAUGAGAAGUUCUCUUCUAUGGGUUUUGCUGGCAAAUAUAAUAUGGAGCUGGUGGCGGGCAAUUUGUUUCAAUCGCGCUGGGAUGAACUUGUGCCCAAGUUACAUAAGCAAUUCGGUAUUGUUUUAUGAAAAGUGAAAGGAGAUCAAACAGAUUUUGGAAAACAUGUGGAACCUGUUGCAAAUUCGUAUUUAAAAGUAGUCAAAAUGUUUGAGAGUCAUAUUGCAGGCGAAUAUUGGAGUGAAUUCUUGUUGUAUAUUUUAGGUAGGCUUUUGUCAAUUUUUAAGAUCGUGUUAGGUUUUUUUGGUAUUAGCUGGAAUAUGUAUGAAAUCGUAAGAGCUUUUAAAAAGUUC